UGUUUUUUUCUCUUAUCUUACUUUAAAUUUUGCAAAGCCACAGCCACCCUUUCCAGGGCUUUUGUCUCACGGGGGCAAGGGGGCCAUUGCCUCCCAAAUUUUUCGCUAAAUAAAAAAAAUUGACUCAGAUUAUCUAUUCAGGUCAACCAUUAGAUAACAACAAAUACAUUGAACCACAAGAGGUCCACAUGUAAAACGGCGUCAACAAAAUGUUUUUCGCAAUUGGGGCUAGAGGGGGUAAGAGUAAAUUCCCUUUACAUUGUUGGCCCCUCCAGUUUAGGAUCAGUAGCGCGGACCCUUAGGAUUAGGAUCAGUGCCAAGAUUUUGUAGGUUACUAGAACAGCACAACAUUGAAGAACUCCACAUAGAAACUGAGUAAGAAAUGCCGAAAAUGUAUUAAAAUGAGCCCAAUACAAGGGGUCCAAAAGCCGUGAAUCAGCGCAAGAAACAGCCAAAAGCCACAAUCUGCAAGCAUACUAAGCCAAUUAACACCGAAAGACGCAAGAUGCAUCUUGUGUGGAACCGCAAUUCGUGGAAAACCAAUUGCGAUACAAACGAUACUUUCAAUACCAAUAAAAGAUCGGGGCCCUAAUGCUGGCCUACUUUUCUAAUAUCCCGGGGCAUUCCCAGUUCUUUAGAUUUGUAAUUCAAUUCAAAAAUAUAGUUUCAAAUUUCAAGAUAUUGACAUGAAAUAAACAUGGAUUAAUCAAAAUUUAAUUUCUGCAAAUUAUUUCAUUUUUAGCAUAUCAAAUUUCAUCCAGACCCAUUCGUUUUUCCGGGCACGACCUCUGUCCUGGCCCUUUCUGGAAAUUGAGCCUCUGAACCUAUAGGCUGAGGUUAAAGGUGCCCUAAACAAUAGUUUCAUUGUCCUUUUGUCCAAAACAUGUCUUGAAUUCAUGUAAGGUGGUUUUGUUGUCCAAUCAAAUUGCGCGGAUUUCUUUAAGGUGUCAAUACUCCAUGACCAUGACAAGAAUGAGAAGGAGAGAGCAUGUUUGAGGGAAGCUGUUUUGUUGUGAUAAAUCAGGCCACUUUGCAAGUUUUUUGCCUUGAUAUUUAAAGAAUCUUUCAACGAUCUGUUGUGUAAAGUCACGCAGUUUAACUUUGGCAUGUCAUACGCCACACGAUGAGCGGAAAUUCGAGUAAACGACGACGAAAAUCGCAAGGUUACCGCACCUCGAUAAAUCCUUCGAAGCGACACAGAGACAGGCUCAAUCAAGAGCUCGAGAACCUCUCCAAGCUUUUGCCAUUUCCAGAGGAAGUUAUUGCCCGCCUGGAUAAACUCUCUGUACUGAGACUCAGUGUCAGUUACCUACGGAACAAAAACUUUCUCAAAGGUGCUGCGGCGGGAAAGAGUCCUAAGGCAAAAGAAAUAACGCCGCCUUUGGCAUUGCCAAAUCCAAAAGGGAUUUUCUCGCAAUUGUUCAACGAGGCCAUCGACGGAUUCCUGAUCAUCCUUACGUAUACAGGUGUAAUAUUUUUCAUAUCAGAAAGUGUGAAAUCCCACCUUGGCUACUCCCAGUCACAAUACCUCCAUCAGAGUUUGUACUCCUACAUUCACGAUGAUGAUCAUGACGAGCUCAGGGCUGGCCUGGAGCCAAGCCGAAAACCAAAGAUUGUUGAAAUUGAUGAAGAUGAGAACGAGGCUGAAGACGAAGCCGCUAUUGAAUUACAGCACAGAGAGUUUGUUAUUCGAAUGAAAAGUGUUUUAAAUUCAAGCUCUUCAGAUAUGUACAAGCCUUUUAAAGUAAGCGGGUACAUGAGAAAACUAAAUUAUAUGUUGGAUGAUGGGCCAGACCAGUACGGUUUAUUUGCAGUGUGUCAGCCCUCACGGCCUACCUACUCGAUGCUCGAGGUGCGCAUGAAGAGCAUGCUUUUCUGCAGCAAAAACAAAAUGGACUUCACAUUCCUUGAUAUGGAUGCAAGAGGGAAAGACUUCUUUGGCUACUCAAAGAAAGAUUUGUUUGGCAGAUCGAGUUACGUCAUGGUACAUCGCGCCGACCUACAGCACCUGCGCUGCAAGCAUACUGAAAUUAUUCACCUCGGAAGGACCACAACAGCAACGUUCAGACUGCUCAGCAAGUCAAAUGACUGGACAUGGAUUUGUGGUUACGCAAGAGUUAUUUAUAAAAAUAACAAAGAAGACUUUGUUGUCACGACCAACAGGGUAAUGAGCGAUGAAGAGGGUGAUGCAAUGAUGAGGGUGAGGGAUUCCGAGGAUAUUAAGAGUCUGGCCCGAAUCGGAUUGAACAGAAACGAUUUCGGAGAGGAAGAGUCAAUGGAGUAUGGGUUCCCACUCACUGCACCCAUUGAUUUUCACGCAAUAGACCUCGGGCCUUUGCAGUUGUAUCACGGGAACAGUGAUGCUGUUAUUGCAGGUUCAAUAACUGAGCAUUCAAACCCAGAUGAUAUCUUAAAAGAAAAUCCAGAAGAACUGUUUGAUGUGUCUGAAGAUCUUCUCAAAUCUUCACCAGAGAACAUUCUCGAUUCACCAGAAGAUUUCUCUGACACUUUUGAUAUGUCUUCUCCUUCACUGCAAGAUCCAGGAUGCAAUUUCAAUCUUGUUCAGGAUAAUAGAAAUCCUACCACGUGUGCUUCUGCUAGAUCAGAGUCUAUUAGUACGAUGAGUGAUAUCAGUGUUGAGCAGCAGAUGCUUGCCCAGUUUCAAAGGCAGCAGUCUACCAACAGCAGCAUUUGCAGCCCUAUUAGGCCAGAUGGCCCAUUAGAUCGCGCAAGAGAGUCGAAGAAAAACUCACUCACCCAUCUAGCAAAAUCGUUAACUGAAAUGGAAGUCAAUUGCCCACCUAAUGUUGUUGCACCACCAACUGAGUCAAAUCCAUAUCUAGAGAUGGCAUACAUGCAGAAUGUGCAACAAAAUAACAUGUCAGCUAUUACUGGAAGACAAGUAUCACCUCCACAGAGUCAAGGACGAUCAAUUACAGACCUGACAUUCAGUGCCCCACAGCAAAGAGGUUACACAAACUUUGAUGGAUUUAUGCCUAAUGGUUCAUAUUAUGGUGCUCCCCCAAACACAACAUGUGACUUUCGUGAAUUUAAAAGCCCCUUAUCAACAUACCAAGGAAACAUACGUACAAACACAGUUGAAUACACCAACAACUCAAUGCAUACAUCACCGAAUUCAUUUCAAAGUAAUUACUCAAUGGGUAAUGGAAAGACCCCUUCGACAACAAUGCAUUUCUCCCAGUACAAUAUGGAGAGGCCUCCAAACGUCACCAUAACUACUCCAGAAUCAAAUUUGCAGGAUUUGAGAACUGUUGUUGCGACAAAUGGCAGAUCUGAAUCUUCUCCAAAGUAUCCCUUCUUGAGCCCCAUGAGCCCAAACCUAAAUUGGAGUAACAGCCAAGGACAUGGAGAUGUUAAUAUGGAAUCUGUUGACCCUAUAACACUUUCAAUUUAUAAUGGAAACAUGCAGCCAAGUCAGUUAGCAUAUAAUAUGGGGCAAAUAAUGAACAUGCAGCAACAACAGCAGCAACAACUUGCCUCCCUUCAAAGGCAGGACUUUCCGCAAGGAUUCUACAACCAUGACCAAGUGUCCUUUCGAAAUAUACCACUACAGCAGAAUCAUCAUCCUGGGCUAAAAUAGAUAGCAUUUGUUGUCUGAAAAUCUGUUGCAGGAUCCUUUAUGGGUGCUCGUCAUGAUUCUGCAAAGGGGUGUGACACUUUCCUAAGACAUGAAGUCAAGUGACCCUAGACAGUGAGUGCAUUUGCGCAGCCAUUAUUUGUGAGUAGCCCCAGAGGACUUUUCUGUGACAGCACAUGAUGCCAUAAAAUGGGUGCUGUUUGGGAAACAAAUGUGGCUGACUGCUCAAUAUUUUGAGCACAAAAGGUACUUGGGAUGUUUAACCCAACACCCAACAAAGAAAGCUGCUCAGAAAAUCAAAACUCAUCCUGUUUGUAGGUUAAAUCUGGGCAUUUGUUUGCCAUAUUUCACUUGCUAAUAAUGAUGUAUUUUGAAAAAGCACAUGUAAGUUGCCCACAAUGCAGACACUUCAAAUUUGACAGUUUUUCAAAUUGUGAACUCUUGAUGAUUGAAAAAAACUUGUCGCCUGUAACCACAGGGACUUAGCAAUUUUAUUGCCAAAUGAAAAAGAGCAGUGUACUUGUAAACCAAGGCCCUUCACAAGUCAGUCUUAAAAAUGAGGGCCAAAGCAAUUAUAGUUUAGAUUGAUUGGUGCUUUUUGGUCAAAUUACAUCAUUACUCAGCAAGUAAUUGGUAGUGUGAAUUUGCAUGGUAGUAUAGCUUUGAUUUUUACUUGUUAACUGCUCUGGACUUUUAGAUUUUUCAUUAGGCAAAUAUGCUGAGUAAGUGAUGACUUUCUCUGUUUUUUAAAAGGGUGGUUUUUCAUUCAGUAACCAUGAUUUUAGUUUCAGAACUGAGCUUUAAUAAUGUUAAGAUUUUAAGCUUUGUUGCAAA